CAAUUCAAUGCAAUUCAAUGCAGCUCGGCGCUGCCUGCGCCAUGGCAUGUCUGAGAAAGAGGGGCAGAGACGGCAGAGGCCCCCCUUAGCCCCAAGAGGCAGCUUGGGGGUUCUGAGCACGGGUUGCAAGUUGUUCCAGGUCUGGCUACCUGUGUUGGGCUAGAAAGUCCCUGACUGAUCACCUUGUAAAGGCAACCUCGUGCGCCGUAAGUGCAGCUCCUAGAGAUGCGGUUCCAUCGAGGUCGCGGCGGCGGGCGGCCCGCCCGGCCACCCCGCCGGGGACCCCCAGGAGAGUAUGUACUUGACCACUCUCUUGUGCCAAGGUUAGAGCAGUACUCACUCACCAAUGAUAUCAACGAUCUGGAUGAAGUCACAAAUCAUUUGCGGGCGACCAACAGGGAGUAUCAGCGGCAGAAGCUCGGUCCCUUUCGGAAGAUGGUGGCAAAAGCGGUAACGGUGGUGAGGCGGCGGGCGUCUGAGGCAGAGCAGCAGGAGCGAAACCUCCGCAGGCUUGAGCGAAGGCACGUCUCUCGUGCUUCCGGUGGGCCUGGGAGCGAUGAUGUCAGCGACGAGGACAGCGAAGAUGCUGAGGGUUCAGACGGAAGCGAGGGCUCAGACUCGGACGAAAAGGAGCUUGCCUUUGAGGGCUGGGAGGAGGAAAGGCAAGGCCACAAUCACCUGAACUCCUCUCUCAGGGGGUUUUAUGAUUCGCCGAGAGAGGGUGCCGAAGAUGGAACGGGGGGGCAAAGCGGAGUGCAAAGAGAGGGGGCCACAGAGCAGGAAGAGGGUGCGAAUAGGUCGGCGCCUCCAGCAGAGACGAGCGGCAGGGGUGUGAAUGAGCGGGCCGUAGGGAAUGUCAGUAAAGCGGGGGGAAAGAGAAAGAGGGACGAGAAAGAUGUUGUUGGGGCAGGGACGGAUGCAAGUGCAGGAGCGAGGGGAGGUUCAGAAAACGGGGUUAGUGAGGGUUUGCAUAACCUAGAUUCGGCCGGGGUCUCUGCUGAGAUGCCAGGGGGGGGAGGUUUGGGAAGACCAGCAGCGGGCCAGCAAAAUGACGCAGGCGGUUUACCAAACCUGGUCGAAAACGGGCAUCGGCCGGCUGCGGGUAAUCAGAGGCUGCCACCUGGCGCUCGCGGGAGUGCGCAAAAGACUCCAAAUGGAAGCAACCUGAGGAGGGGCAGAAAGUUCGUUAGAGGGGCUUCACAGGCAGGGGCCAGAGGUGGGACCAAUUUGGGGGAGGCACGGCCGGCAGGGGAGGAGGGGGAGGCGCCGCUGGGGGCAUCGCAACCAAAAUGCGUGUGGUUCAAGGACCUGGGGGGCAUUGAGGGGACGCUGGACGCGAUACGGGAGCUGAUUCUGUACCCUUUAGCCCACCCCGAAGUCUACGACCACCUUCGGGUGCAACCCCCCCGUGGCGUCCUGCUUCACGGCCCCCCCGGUUGCGGCAAAACCAUGCUUGCGCACGCAAUUGCCAACGAGACCGGCGUCCGGUUUCUGAGCAUCUCCGCGCCCGAGGUAGUGUCCGGAAUGUCGGGCGAGUCCGAGGCGAAGAUUCGGACGCUGUUCCAGGACGCGGAGCGGAUGGCGCCUGCGCUGAUUUUCAUCGAUGAGAUCGAUGCAAUCACGCCGAAACGGGAAACGGCUCAGAGGGAGAUGGAGCGGCGAAUUGUGGCUCAGCUUCUGACCUGCAUGGACGCCCUCAACGAGCCGCACGCAUCCCCCGACACCUCUCCGCCGUCCGAUCCCGGGGAGCCCGCUUCCGAGCCGUCCGAUACCCCCAGGAAGGGCCACGUGAUCGUGAUCGGGGCAACCAACCGGCCGGACUCGCUCGACCCGGCACUCAGGCGAGCCGGCCGUUUUGACCGGGAGAUCGGCCUGGGGAUUCCGGAUGAGGAAGCGCGCGUGAGGAUUAUAAAAGUGAUCGCGGGGAAACUGCGGCUUCAGGGAGACUUCGACUUCAAGAAGAUUGCGAAGAAGACGCCCGGGUUUGUGGGGGCUGAUCUGCAGGCGCUGACGACGGAGGCGGCGGCGGUGGCUGUGAAACGGAUCUUCGCUGGGCUGGGCCAAGAGCAGAGUGACGGUGUAGACGGGGAAAUGACGUCAGCCAAGGGGGAGGAAAUAGUGAAAGGAGAAGGUCUGGAAGUCGGAGGAGCGGAAGGGACGGGAGCGCCUGCAAACGAGGGAACGCUAGAAGUUCGAGAGGCCGACUUAGCGGGUGCUGGUCAGGCGGAGUCUCUAGGGGUUGCGGAAACGAAACCCGCCAUCUCCGAAGGAAACGCAGGAAUCCUGGCCGAUGCUUCAGUCUCCGUCCCAAGCACCAGGUCCCAAGAACCGAACAAUCUCUCACAACCUACCAGCAUGCAGAUAGAAGACGCCGCCCUUCCAUCCCAGCCAUUUCCGCAACCCUCUCUAGUUCCGCUCCAACCCCACCCUCCAACCAUUUCCCAAACAACAACGCCCGCCGAUGUGCCCCCUGAAACCGCAACUUUUCUCCCGCUCCACGAGCGCUCCGAUUGGCUGUCCCCGUUCACACCGGCGCAGCUGGCGACCCUGAGCAUAACGAUGCCCGACUUCGAGGCCGCCAUUCCGCGGGUGCAGCCGUCCUCCAAGCGGGAGGGGUUCGCGACCAUCCCGGACGUGACGUGGGCUGACGUCGGCUCGCUGGACGAGAUCAAGGAGGAGCUCGAGUACGCGGUCGCGCUGCCCAUCAAGUGCCCCGAGCAGUUCCAGGCUAUGGGGCUUCCACUAGCGACAGGUGUCCUGCUGUAUGGCCCACCAGGGUGCGGGAAGACGCUGGUUGCCAAGGCCAUCGCGAACGAUGCGGGGGCAAAUUUUAUCUCCAUCAAGGGUCCCGAGCUGCUGAACAAGUACGUGGGCGAGAGCGAGCGCGCGGUGCGGCAGAUCUUCACGCGCGCGCGCGACAGCUUCCCGUGCAUCCUCUUCUUUGACGAGAUGGACGCGCUCGCGCCGAAGCGCGGCGGGAGCGACGGGAACGCGGCCGCGGAGCGCGUUGUGAACCAGCUGCUGACGGAGAUGGACGGCCUGGAGCAACGGAAGGGGGUCUACCUCAUUGCGGCGACCAACAGGCCCGACAUGAUCGACCCCGCGCUACUCCGCCCCGGUCGCCUGGACAAGCUGCUGUACGUGCCGCUCCCCACUCCAGGGGGGCGCGCGCAGAUACUGAGGACACUCACGAGGAAGACCCCCCUGGCGCCCGGCCUGGACGUGGCGCCCGUUGGGGAGAGCGACGCGUGCAGGGGCUUCAGCGGGGCCGACCUCGCCGCGCUGGUGCGCGAGGCUUGCAUCGCCGCCAUCAAAGAGGCCACCGCUUCCCUCCUUUCGCCGCGGGGGGCUGUUUCCGCCCCAGCCGUGGGCCCCCCGCUCGUGCACGCCAAGCAUUUUGAGACGGCCCUGGCUAAACUCUCCGCUUCGGUGUCAGCCGUAGACGAGAGGCGAUACGAAGUUUUGAGACAAAAGCUCAGAAGCUCUCGCGGCCACCUAAAGCAAGAGGCUAGCCGGGAGAAGCUGCCAGAUGGUGACACAAACGAGAACGAGAAAGUAGAUAAGAUGGUCACAUAGCAAGGGCUCCGACGUUCGAUAACUCCGUGACGUACUCUUUGCUUGGAGUGACACAGGCCAGUCAUAUCACUGCUGAAUCGAUUGCUUCUUCUUUAGGGGUGCGCCUUCAAUCUAUUGUUCACCAGGUUGGCUCGUCACUUGCUAUUGGUACUUCACCAGGUGAAAUCAAUCUGUCGG